AUGUCAAAUGUUAUGUGUCAACGCGAAUUUUUUAAUUUCACAUCUACCUAUCCAUCUCAUCAACUCCGCUUCUCUCCCUCCGCCGCGGUUCAUGAUUCUCACUCUCUUCAUCCCACUUCUCCAUCGGGUCUACCAAAUGUCCUCCCCCCUCAUCUUUCUGUCUCGCGUCAUCCUUCACCCACCAAACUCCCCGAUCCGAAAAUAAUCCAACAGGUGAUAUCGGAGAUUGAUCCGAUGACUCACUUGAAAAUUCUUUCCCAACUCAAAGUACCCAUUGAAGAAUUAAUCUGUCCCACAACAAAAUCUCGCAAAAGCGGAGGUGGCGUUCCUCGUCCUCAGAAUCUAUUCGUGAUCUAUCGUCGAGACGUGCAGGCCAAAUUAACCGCCAAAUUCGGUUCUGAAAUUGGAUCGCACCUUCCCUUUGUUUCUAGGGAAGCGUCGGAACGUUGGAAACUGGAACCUCAAGAAAUUAGGAGUAUUUAUGAAUUCAUAGCCGAUUUAGCCAAGAAGGUUCAUGAUCUGACGUACCCAAACUAUGUAUACAAACCAAGGAAGCGAGCGCUCAAGUCAGCGUUAAGCAAUUCAAUUUUUAAUGAUGAAAUGUACCACCUGGCGGGCCAGCGGUACAAAGACUUGAACGGCGAUUCGCUGAGGACAAAUGGUAACGGUCAAGUCGCUCUCGGAAAUUACAACACGCACCCCCUCAACUCGCAUACCACGUUCGCGAACAAUCGACAUAAUUCGCAAAGACAUGGUUCGACCUCUAAUGUUCACGGUACUUUUCAAUUGCCGCACAAUGGGCACGACUGCAGUAACCUUGACAACGACGACAGAUAUCAUCACAUGUCAUCUGCACAAUGUCAACGCCCCCAUCCUUCUCCUCCUAGGUUUCAUCCCGUGGACGCUCGCGCUUCUGCUGUGAAUUCACAACGAAACAUUUAUGAUUACCAUGAACCACCACGAGAAGAAUGUGCCACUGAUAACGCAGACGACUUGUCCCCAUUUUCCUGCACGUAUGAUAAGAGCAACUCCACAUCGAAUUAUACAUACCCUUCCCCGACCACCACACAUAAUUCGUUCACUCAAUCUUCCACCGUUAAAGAUCAGUCGCAUCCUCCAUCUAGGUCGACCUCGUUUGCAUCGCCAUCGACUGGCGUCUAUUCACCCACACUCAGUCGUCGGGAAUCUUUUACGUCAUCUGACCCUGAUCAGGAAUCCUUUGAAGACCUCAAAACCAUGGAUUCAGGAAACUAUAUAUCGCGCGAUGAAGGGAGUAUCGAAGAGGUGAGGCAUGAUGGUCGUCCAGUCACCAACGAAAGCAGCUACGGCCGCGGCAAGAAUGAUCGUGAUAGCGAGUACUUUUCGAUGCCAUAUCAUUCUCAUUUUCAAUCACACUCAUCCAAUUUCGCUGCCAAUGUUAUUCCACAAAGAGAAUGCGACGCAGCUCCGCUGUUACCUCCGUUGAACACGUUCUUGACGUCACGAAAUGGUGCGAGUGCGAUAAUCACCAGCCGAUCGGACGAAGGUGAUGACAAUAACUACGAUCGUAAGAUUUGUAGGUCGUUCGGGGGGCCUGUUUGA